GUGAGUCCGGCCGGCCGGGACUUGCGUGUGGGGAGUGAUGGACUGGCUGCCGGGCCGAGCCGCCUGCAGUUGGCAGGAGUAUGGGGCGGAGUGGGGCACGCCCGGGUGCCCGGCGUCGUGCUAGUGCUUGGAGACGUCGCUUCGGAACGCGCUCUGCCCCACGCCGCGUCCGGAGCUGGGGGACCCCACGACCGCGCCGCGCGGCCGGGGAGAGGUCCCCAAGGACGGAGUCGAAAGGUCACCCCUCAUCUCUUAGUGCUGCUAACGACAUCGUGACGGGACCUGCAGAACCUGAACUCGACCCGUAAUGCCUUCUGCCUCGCUCUUUCAAGAUGGAGGGGAAGACUGCGGGAGAGACGGCUCAAGUGGUGUCUAAACUCAAGCUUGCUACCAAGGUAGACAGCACUGGACCCUGGCUGGUGGAAGACCAUGCCCGAAUAUGGGACGUUUUGAAGACAGAGGAGAGCUCAAUUCAGGACUGGGGUGAAGAGGUAGAGGAAGGAGCUGUUUACCAUGUCACCCUCAAAAGAGUCCAGAUCCAACAGGCGGCCAAUAAAGGAGCAAGAUGGCUAGGGGUUGAAGGGGACCAGCUGCCUCCAGGGCACACAGUCAGUCAGUAUGAGACCUGUAAGAUCAGGACCAUAAAAGCCGGCACCUUGGAGAAGCUGGUGGAGAACCUGCUGACGGCUUUUGGGGACAAUGACUUCACCUAUAUCAGCAUCUUCCUGUCGACAUACAGAGGUUUUGCCUCCACUAAAGAAGUCCUGGAACUGCUACUGGACAGGUAUGGGAACCUGACAAGCCCAGAUUGUGACGAAGAUGGAAACCAAACUUCCUCAGAGGCCAAGACGGUGAUUAGGAAUGCAAUUGCCUCAAUCCUGCGGGCUUGGCUUGACCAAUGCGCCGAAGACUUCCGAGAGCCCCCUCAGUUCCCCUGCUUGCAGAAACUGUUGGAAUAUCUCAAACGGAUGAUGCCGGGCUCUGACCCCGAGAGAAGAGCACACAAUCUCCUGGAGCAGUUUCAGAAGCAAGAGGUGGAAACGGACAAUGGGCUUCCCAGUACCCUGCCCUUCAGCCUGGAGGAGGAAGAGGAACUGGAGGGGGUUGGGUCAGCGGAAUUCACGUUCUUCUCAGAGGACCUAGUGGCGGAGCAGCUGACCUACAUGGAUGCACAACUGUUCAGGAAGGUGGUGCCCCACCACUGCCUGGGCUGCAUCUGGUCUCGGAGGGAUAAGAAGGAGAACAAGCACUUGGCUCCCACGAUCCGGGCUACCAUCUCUCAGUUUAACACCCUCACCAAGUGUGUGGUCAGCACCAUCCUGGGGGGCAAGGAGCUCAAAACGCAGCAGCGCGCCAAAAUCAUCGAGAAGUGGAUUAACAUCGCUCACGAAUGCAGAAUCCUGAAGAACUUUUCCUCUUUGCGGGCCAUCGUUUCGGCGCUGCAGUCUAAUUCCAUCUACCGGCUGAAGAAGACUUGGACUGCAGUCCCAAAGGACCGAAUGCUGAUGUUUGAAGAACUUUCGGAUAUCUUCUCAGACCAUAAUAACCAUUUGACCAGCCGGGAACUGCUGAUGAAGGAAGGAACGUCCAAGUUUGCAAACCUGGACAGCAGUGUGAAGGAAAACCAGAAGCGGACGCAGAGGAGGCUCCAGCUCCAGAAAGACAUGGGCGUGAUGCAGGGAACUGUGCCCUACCUGGGCACCUUCCUGACUGACCUGACCAUGCUGGACACUGCUCUUCAGGAUUUCAUCGAGGGCGGGCUGAUAAACUUUGAGAAGCGGAGAAGGGAGUUUGAAGUGAUUGCUCAAAUAAAGCUACUGCAGUCUGCCUGCAACAGCUACUGCAUGAUGCCAGACCACACGUUCCUGCAGUGGUUCCGGAGGCAGCAGCUCCUGACCGAGGAGGAGAGCUACGCCCUGUCGUGUGAGAUCGAAGCAGCUGCGGACACCAGCACCACCUCACCCAAGCCUCGGAAGAGCAUGGUGAAGAGGCUCAGCCUACUGUUCCUGGGCGCGGACGUCAUCGCCAGUAGCACGCCCACCAAAGAGCAGCCCAAGUCCACGGCCAGCGGGAGCUCCGGCGAGAGCCUGGACUCGGUCAGCGUGUCAUCGUGCGAGUCCAACCACUCGGAGGUGGAGGGGGGCUCCAUCACGCCCAUGGACACGCCCGACGAGCCCCCCAAAAAGCUCUCGGAAUCCUCCUCCUCCUGCUCCUCCAUCCAUUCCAUGGACACAACUUCCUCAGGGAUGUCGUCCUCAGUCAACCCCCUGGCCUCUCCUCCCCCCUGCCACAGCAACCCCAAGCUGCACAAGCGCUCCGUCUCUGUGACCUCCAUCACCUCGGCAGGGCUGCCCCCGGUGUACAACCAGCAGAACGAAGACACGUGCAUCAUCCGCAUCAGCGUGGAGGAUGACAACGGCAACAUGUACAAGAGCAUCAUGUUGACGAGCCAGGAUAAAACGCCUGCCGUGAUCCAGAGAGCAAUGCUGAAGCACAAUCUGGACUCGGACCCGGCCGAGGAGUACGAGCUGGUGCAGGUCAUCUCGGAGGACAAAGAACUCGUGAUCCCAGACUCCGCAAACGUCUUUUAUGCCAUGAACAGUCAAGUGAACUUUGACUUCAUUUUACGAAAAAAGAGCCCCAUGGAAGAGCAAGUGAAGCUACGUAGCCGGACCAGCUUGACCUUGCCCAGGACAGCUAAACGGGGCUGCUGGACCAACAGACACAGCAAAAUCACCCUCUGAGGGGGCCGGGGGUGGACCAGGGCCCUGGCUGGUCAAGAUAGGGCGGUCAUGAUUGCUCCUACCACCCAGUGUCAGGCUCCUCGGUGAAGUCAGAUGUUUAUCGAGGACUGACCGUGUGCGAAGCACUCGGAUAGGUGCCGGAGGGAAAGAGGAAAUGAAUUUGACAUGAGGAGAUCCACACUCCCGCCUUGAGCCGCGUGACUCUGGAAUGCAAAAUUACCCACAUUGAAUAAAUAUAGAUAUGAGUAUAUGUGCAUAAAUAUAUGCACACACAUACAUAUCUAAUGGGAUAAUAUAUGAGUGUGUGUCUAUACAGGGGACUUUGUGGGAUAUUCUGGACUUUGGGUAAACAAGUUUGCACAAUGGCCUGGGAAGUUGAGGUCACUUUUCCAGGGAAAUAAAAAGGAACCGCGAACAUGGACUCACACCUUCUGAGUCAGCGGAAUCGACCGGAGGAAUCCCGAAUAUCCUUUAUGCCAGUAUUACAAGAACUCCACACUUUAUUUUUAUCAAGGGAGAGGAAUAUUUUAUCUGUCAAGAGCAACUGCAGAGGCCCCGCCUUCCCCAGGCUGCAUGAAAGGCCACUUUGGACAGGGCUGAGAUGAGCCUGUGGCCUCCAGCCUCGGCCCACAUCCGCCAGGACUGCUGCCCCAGGGAGGCCAGGAGGAGCCGCAGGGGCCUGCUCACACCCACCGCCCUGGCCACACUCUGAAGUUCACCAGAGCCAUUUCCAAGCCCCAACAACCCCGUCGUCGCCUCUCAGUCCCCUCCCAACCGCCUUCCCACCCCUCCCCUUCAAGAACAUGCCACCGCCGCUAUCACACAAGUAGCUGUGCUCUGGUCACUUCAUCAGCCAGGAUAGAAACUGACGUGCGUGGACUCCCCGAUGUCUUGGAAUGCCACUGCUUCCUUGCCUUUCCCGAAUGCCUUCUGCAUGUCAAACAGCCCGGAGCCUCCCUGCCUUCUGUGCCUCGUGGGCAAUGUGUUCUUCAGGUGGGGAGCCUCCCACCGCGACGGACGCUGCUUGACCAUUCUGAGCCUGUGAGCGAGUUCUGAGGUGUGACGGCCCUGUCAGGAGCCCCUCUGCAGAUGAUGCCCCUGCUGACAGCAGCAUCCUGUUUUCCCUACUAACUUUUAUCGCAUUGCGUGCCUAGUCGGAGGGGGACGAGAUGGGACUGCUGAUACGGCCUAGAUGAUUUCUUAAAGGGGUACUUCCUUCCAGAUGGGAUCAAUAACUCUACCCACCACCCACCCCCAGCCCCAGGUCCCCACACUUGCUAGUACAGUGUCACCGUGGAGUGGCAUUUUUGUCCACCAUCACGCCGUGAUGUUCUCCCUUCUGAACUUGAGCUGUGCCGGGGUCCGAACUAAAAAGCCAUAUGUGGGACGUUGGCGUGUCAUAAGAAGCACUUUCUGAAUAUUGCCCUUUUUAAGAAAAAUGAUUCUCAAAAUGCCACUUUUUAUUCCAGAAAUAAAAGGAAACGCACCCAGAUGAUGAUGUGCAGACUCUAACGUGGAAUUUCCCCCUUUUUUUUUUUAAUAACUACUACAGCUCCCCCAAACGGUGUGGGAUUUAUGUUACGUAAAUAGCCAUACAAUAUCUGCAAGAAGCACGGGAAACAUUGAGGGAUUUGUGGCAAAGACCAAAGAAUGAGAGUGGGAGAGGCCUCAAGAGGACUCGAGGUCUUUCCAGGAGGUGCCCCGGGCUGAGGCUGCUCGGAGUGCUUCGCGAGGGGCUUCGGGCCGUGCCGGGAGGAAGCGGAACCAGGGAGGCAGACAGAGUCUGAUUGCCGGCACGAAGUCAAGGCAGCCGCAGCCAGAUUCGUCUAUACUUUGUAUUUUGGUUUGAAGACGGUGAACUGUCAGCCUGGUUUGGGGUGUGCCCACUGAGACGUAUGUGCUGUGCCCUUGUGCUCCCCUGUGUAUUUAUACUGUAUAUGUAGAGUCUAGAUUUAUAUACUGCGAUGUAAAAAAUAUAUAUAUUUUCCUUUUUUAAAAAGACCAUGGAAAUUCCAAGUAGAUUAAAAGAAAGUCUCAUUUAUUUAAUGCCACUCUAAAUGUCUUCAGUGUACCCCCGGUGGACAGCGGGCCAUCUUCCAGCUGCUCCCAUGCUUGUCUCUCUGCCUCUCCAUCAUCCGUUUCCCUUUUUGGUUACAUUAAUAAACAGGCUUGCGCGUCAGUUGCCAUCAGACUCAA